AUGCUGGUUUUGAGGAGCUCCGGGCCGCAGCGCGCAGCGAGCCGCAACGAUGCCGACGACGAGGUUUCUGAGGGCUACCCCAAGUUAUCCAAGUCGAGAAGCAUACUCCUCACUGCCGUGAUAUCCACCGUCGGUCUACUCACUGUUCGUGCUCAACGUACAGUCAGCUGUGAUCAUGCUACCUUCUAUGUCGGAAGAGGUCGGUAUCCCGCCUGCGUGCCAGCAAAUGGUCGUCUCCAUCUACAACAUCUCAACGGGCAGCCUGAUGCCGACGUCUACGGCCGCCGGCUCGUCUAUCUCCUCAGGUCCAUCCUCUUCACCAUCUCCAACCUGUGCCUGCCCUUCACGCGCGGCGCCGCCCUAAUCCCAUCGGGCAUCGGAAUCAUUGCGUCGACCUUUCCCCGUGGCAAGGCCCGUAACAACGCUUAUGUUUGCAUCUCGGCCGUCGCCUCUGUUGGGUCUGUCCUGGGAAACAUCUUUGGUGGUGUGAUUGGCGGCCUGCUAUCAUGGCAGUGGGUGUUCUGGAUUGCUGCGAUAAUGGCUGGGGUCACUACCGCGAUCGCCUACUUCAUCACUGGCACACCCCAUCUUCGGUCCUCUCCUUCCGCCAGCACAUCAGCGGAAAACGGUGGUGAUGAAACCCGUACCAGGUCUGUUGAUUGGACCGGAGGCGCUCUUGUGUCAUGCAGCCUGGCGCUACUGCUCGCAGCCUUCACCCAGGCCAACUUGAUCGGCUGGUCGACAACCUGGAUCCCGCCGCUCAUCGCUGCAUCUGUUGUGCUGCUGGUUGGGUUCUGUUUCUGGCAGCGCCGCCUCGAGAAGGACCCGGCGAGGGAACCGUUGCUGCGGAUCUCCAGGUUUAAGAACCUCCAGUUCUCGGCACUGUUCGUCUAUCAGGGCUGCCUCGCUCUCAGCGAACUCGACACUACUCUGCGUUUCCUGCCCGCCGGUAUCGCUGGCCUCCUGAUCCCUUUUGUCGUCUAUCCGGCCCUCUCCCGCAUCCAUGCCUUUGACAUCCUCGCUUUCGGCCUGACUUCAUACUGGGCCUACGGCUUCCCCGCCAUGUGUCUAUGCUUCAGUAUCGAGAUCGUUUGGCCCGUUAUUAGCCUGCUCAUAGCCGCCAGUUUCCCUUCCGCCGACCAGGUUUUGGGUAGCGGGCUACUGCAGAGCUCCAACAACGUCGGUCGCGCGUUAGGGCUCGCGGUUGCGAACGCGAUCCAGACAAGCGCUCAGAGACCCGAGAUGGCCGUCGGUGGCUUUGCGGGCUUGCCGGGCUUCCUGUACGGUGUGCGAGCGGCGCAGUGGACGAAUGUCGGGUUUGCAAUUGCGGCACUGGGGAUUGCGUUUGCUUUCUUCCGGGACCUGGGCUGUGUCUGA